UGUGUGUGUGUGUGUGUGUGUGUGUGUGUGAGUAUGGUCGCGGUGCGUGUCGAAGGAGUGCUUAGAAUGCGUCUCAUUUCGGGAGUCGCCUUAAAAAUAGUGCAAACAAUGCCACGAUAAAAGCAAGGGAAGGGAAGCUGAGGCCGGCAGAGAUCCCCACGCUCCUGGUACAUUCACACACACACAGACAUCAAUAGGAACUUAAACGCGCGCGCACACACGCAUACCCUGACCCACACGCGCAGUCCUCUAUAAGGUUUAAUCUGAGUUAAGUCACACACACACACACACACACACACACACACACACACACACACACACACACACACACACACACACACACACACACACGACUAAUUUUCAUCUUGUGUGCGUAUCUCAAUGGAUUCACUGGAUGAGGAGCAACUAGGAGCGCUGAAGAAGGCCUUUGAUUCCUUCGACACAGACGGCAAGGGCUACAUCACUCCAGAAACAGUCGGGGUGAUCCUGAGAAUGAUGGGCGUCAAGAUAUCAGAGAAAAAUCUGCAAGAAGUAAUAGCGGAGACGGAUGAAGACGGCUCCGGGGAGUUGGAAUUUGAGGAGUUCGUGGAGUUGGCAGCCAAAUUCCUUAUAGAAGAGGACGAGGAGGCGCUGAAGGAGGAGCUGCGUGAGGCCUUUCGCAUCUACGACAAGGGAGGCAACGGGUACAUCACCACGGAUACACUGAGGGAGAUUCUGCGUGAAUUAGACAACAGACUGACGGAGGAGGAACUUGAUGGAAUUAUUGAGGAAGUGGACGAGGACGGCUCCGGCACGCUGGACUUCGACGAAUUUAUGGACAUGAUGGCUGGCUAGAGGCGCGGGUGUCAGUGAACCAGGGACCGUCUGCCACUCACAGGAAUCAGAUACCGAGCUGAAGGUUUGACCACGUGGCAAGGGUCAGUAGAUGAGUUAAAAAUUUGUAGAUGUAGUAUUUGAAUCCGUAUUUCUAUUCUUUCGUUUCAUUACGGUUUAUUAGUGAAAAAAGUGUAUUUUAAUUCUUCUUUAACUUUUAUUGUAAUAAGUUCAGUUUUCCCUUUUCUUAGUAUUAUAUUAGAUGUAGUUGUUUUUAUGUCUUUGUUUUUGGUAUUAUUUCUGUAUUCCACUAGGAAUUUCAUUUAGUUAAUGUAUUUAAUUAUUUUAAUUUUAUUUUUCAUUUAUUUUAUUGUGUAUCCAAUUUUGUUUUAUUCGUUUAUUUAUUUAUCUAUUUUGUUCCCGUUUCAAAAUUGGUUAAGGACUACAAAACAAUGCUAGAAAAAUAAUACAAAAAAAAAUAAAAUGAAAAUAAAUAAAACAAAAUAAUAGUAGGAUAAAAAGAAGUUUGGGGCAUCAAUGAAAGCGUACCUGUACUUGGACACGUGCCAUUGUAAUGUAAUAGUACUCGUAAUGGAAACCAGUCCUGCUUCCGUGGCCACAGAGAACAAGAUACACCUGUACCUGGACAUCCCCAUAAAUAUCGUAGGCAAAAAUAUGUUGUACUCGUGGAGCGCUGAAAACGUGGUGGGUAACUAGGAAGCGGUACAAUAAAACGUGUGAUGGGUAAGGCUAGGAAGCAGUAUAAUAAAACGUGUGGUGGGUGAGGCUAGGAAGCGGUACAAGAAAACGUUAAUAGGACAGAAGAUAAUAAGGAAAAUCGUUAAGUGUAAAUAAAUAAUAUAUAUGAUGACACCUUA